AUGGCUGAUUCUCUCACCGAGGAGCAAGUCUCCGAGUUCAAGGAGGCCUUCUCCCUGUUUGACAAGGAUGGCGAUGGUCAGAUCACCACCAAGGAACUCGGCACCGUCAUGCGCUCGCUCGGCCAGAACCCCAGCGAGUCUGAGCUGCAGGACAUGAUCAACGAGGUCGAUGCCGACAACAACGGCACCAUCGAUUUCCCUGAAUUCCUUACCAUGAUGGCCCGCAAGAUGAAGGACACGGACUCUGAGGAGGAGAUUCGGGAAGCCUUCAAGGUUUUCGAUCGCGACAACAACGGCUUCAUCUCCGCCGCCGAACUGCGCCAUGUCAUGACCUCCAUCGGCGAGAAGCUGACCGACGACGAGGUCGAUGAGAUGAUCAGGGAGGCUGACCAGGACGGCGAUGGGCGAAUCGACUACAACGAGUUCGUCCAGCUCAUGAUGCAGAAGUAA